UCAGUGUCAACAAUAAAUCGUAAAAACGGUAUAGCACCUAUUAUGCUUUACGAGGACCCCAGAAAUCGUUGUUGUUGUGCUAUUCAUGUGGCGAUGGGCGCAAAUAUUAUUGGAGGAAUUGGUGUUUUCCUCUCCCUUUGUUUUUUUAUUAUUUGUUUAUUAUAUGGCCGUUGGGGUUUAAUUGUUUUGCCUGUAAUUUUUUGUUUUGCAUAUGCAUCUAUUUUUUAUGCUUUUUACAGCCGGAAUGCUAAGAUUUAUUGGCCGUUUUUAAUCACGAAUGUUUGUAAUUUUUAAUUUCGGAACCUGACCUUUAGGUUUUACAUAUUACAAGUCUCUGAACUCUAUUUCUUCGAGUCUUCUAGGCUUUUCCUUUUUCAAUUUGAAACUGAUUUUCUGAUAGGAAUUACCCGAUCGAGGGUUAGGCUGCGUCACCCAAAGCACUACAAUACCCGACCUGGACGAACUCUAAGCCUGAA